CACUUACAAGUUACCCUCAUACACCCCUUGUUCUUAUUUUCCAUGUGCUUGGGUAUGAAAGACCGCCAACCCUUAGGUUUGUCUUUUCGGACUAUAAGGACCAGAGCAUCCUCAUCAUGGCCCCUUUCUUUGCGUGUCCUCUUUUCUCUCCAGGGAAUCGGCGGCCCCUUCCAUUCAGUUAUCUCCAGACGAUUGGCACCUUCGCACCAACCCAACCGUCCUUCACUUCAACACCUAUCUGCACCUCAUAAGUAGAUCGGACAUUCUUACAGUCAUCACCCACCAUGGCUGCCGACCAUGACGCACCCGUACGGGACGUCCCGACUACUGAGAACUCCAGCGUCAACAACGAGAAGGCCGUUCAUCCCGAGUACACUGAGGACGUCGCUCUGGAAAGUGCCGGCUGGGAUGAGCAAAGAACCAAGAAGCUACUUCGCAAGAUCGAUAGCAGGCUACUCCCCUUCCUUGCCUUGUUAUACCUUCUAUCCUUCCUCGACCGUACAAAUAUCGGCAAUGCCAAGCUCGAGCUCCUUACGCAGGACUUGAAGCUCACCGGCCUCAAGUACAACGAUGCGUUGGGUAUCUUCUUCCCCUUCUACGUCCUCGCCGAGGUCCCCUCCAAUAUGGCCAUGAAGCGUUUCCGCCCGUCCAUUUGGAUCCCAUCCAUUAUGAUUGCGUGGGGUGUUUGCUGCACCCUUAUGGGCGUUGUCCAAAAUUACCAUGGCUUGAUGGCAGUGCGGUCUUGCUUGGGUCUUGCUGAGGGAGGUCUCUUUCCUGGUAUCACCUACUACAUUACAAUGUGGUACAGACGUCACGAGUGCGGUUUCCGCAUGGCCAUUUUCUUCUCCGCUGCUACCGCCGCCGGUGCUUUCGGUGGUCUUCUGGCUCGCGGUAUACUGGAGAUGAAGGGUGUCGGUGGCUACAAUGGAUGGCGCUGGCUCUUCAUCUUGGAGGGUAUCUUGACUUUUAUUAUCGCCGUCAUUGCCUUCUUCGCCAUGUACGACUACCCUCAGACCGCCAAAUUCCUCAAGCCUGAGGAGCGUGAAGAGAUCGCCGCCCGUCUCAAGCGCGAUCGUUCUUCCCUUGCCGAUGAGUUCGACAUCAAGUAUUUCUUUGCAGCCCUCAAGGACUGGAAGAUCUGGGUCCACAUGUUCAUCACCAUUGGCGUUUACACUGGCUUGUACUCAUACUCGCUUUUCGUACCUACCAUCAUCAACAGCAUCGGUACCUUUAGCCCCGAGCAGAGUCAGCUUUUGACUGUCCCGCCUUACGUGGUAGCCUGCCUUUUCUGCAUCGGUGCCGGCUGGUAUGCCGAUAAACUCAAGCAGCGUGGUAUCUUUAUGCUGUUCUUCAUGGGCAUGGCUAUCAUUGGCUUGAUCAUGUUGAUGGCUACCAGGACGCCCGCUGUCCGUUACCUCGGCUGCUUCUUCCUCGCUUCGGGUAUCUACCCCAACGUUCCCCAGGGUGUCGCAUGGAACGGCAACAACAUUGGUGGCUCGCUCAAGCGCGGUGUUGGCAUUGCCAUGCACGUCGGUUUCGGAAACCUGGGCGGUGUCAUCUCGUCGUACCUCUUCCUCGCCAAGCAGUCUCCCCACUACUACCAGGGUUUUGGCACCCUUCUCGGCUGCCAGGUCAUGGCUUUUGUCCUGUCGGCCUUUAUGACCAUCUACCUCAGGCGCGAGAACGCUCGCCGGGACCGCGAGUACAAGCCCCCAAGCGAGUACACUGAGGAGGAAAGGAUUGCGGAGCGCGAGAAGGGUGAUAAUGCCACCUUUUUCCGGUACACUGUAUAGAUGGAGUGCUGUGUGGACUUUUUUUUUUUUUUUUUUUUUUUUUACUGUUUACGACUGGUUCUGGUCAGAAUGGGAGGUAUGAUGUAACGGGUCACGGAAUG